AUGAGAAGAAUUUCUCCGCGAUCCAGCGGAAUGCAAGCGAAACAUCGAUGUUUCGGUCACCCCAUGAGAAGAACAGACGAGGGGUGGACACUAAAAACAUCUGUAAAUCCCUCGCGAAGCCAAACGUCGUUGAGGAAAUUAAUCAACGAAAUGGCCAGAUGUGUUCAUGGAAUGGAUGAACCAAUUGAGAAAUCACCUGUACGAUCUUCAUGCCUGGAACUAAUAGAGCAACCACCGACGACAACUAAGAGGAUCGGACCACCGGGAACUUCUGAGCUGGAUGGGGCCCUCACGUCACGUGAAGGCGGACCAUCUAAUGUUCACCUUCAGGUUCUUCCCCGACAAACUUGUGGUCUUUACACUCAUACGCAGUUUUUUCAUAACUAUCCAGGGGGAUUUGGGAAACUGAUAAGCUCGAUUUAUGGAGGCGAACUCUUUUUUACCGUACUCCUGAAUCCAAUUUCCAUUUUCAUGACUCAUCAGCAAAAUUUUGCUCAUGAUAGAUUGGCUUUGUAUACUUUCGAUAGUCUCGUGAGGUUCAUCAGAUGUUGGACAAAUGUCAAACUACUUUGGCAGAAUCCGGUGGCCUCAGCGAAGAUGUAUUUCACUCUCCUACCUCAAGAGAAGGUGCCUAUAUGGAGUGUAGGUUUUUUACUGAUCUCUCAUUUUAUCUAUCACCUACCGUCUAGUGUUUAUGACACUAUGCCCCAGCUUAACAACUUGCGCGAGAUGCCAGCUUGUGAAUGCCUUCAAAUUGCUGUGUCCUGAGC